AUGACCUGCACACGACCCCGGGCGUUGGAGCUGCUGCGGGUGCUGCUAACCCUGGUCCUGGAGGUGCUGCUGCUGCUGGCGGUGCUGCUGGUGCUGCUGGAGGUGCUGCUGGAGGUGCUGCUGCUGGUGCUGAGGACCCUGCUGCUGUCACAGCCACAGUUACCGCCUGCCUCCCCUCUCCCUGUGCCUGCUCCUUACACUGGUCCGACUGGAGGUCUUGCUGAGCGUCGUGAGCCUGCGUCACGUCCUGUGUCGCCUGCGUCUCGUCGAGCGUCGCCUGUUCGUAGUGCUACCUCUGGUCGUAGUGUCCAGCGUCAGCGUCCUCCUGCUGUCCCAGGCACUCACCAGAUGGCACUUCGUCAGUCCACUGCUCCACAGCGUGUCUCUCUCCCGUCGCCUCCUGCGUCGUCUCUUCCUGCUCUUGCUGACCCGGUGUCCGACUCCCUUCGCGCUGCCAGUCCUACUGUCACACGUCUCCUAGCUACGGUUGUCACUGACCCUUCCUUUGAGUCCGCUGCUGCGUCUGCCUUAGUUGCUGAGCUGGUCGACUUUGCAGCUGCGUGUCGUUUAGACUACGCUGCCAGUCUUGUUGCUGAGUCUGAGUCUGUCUGUCCUCCGUCCGUCGGGGGUGACUGUGCCCUGGGCACUGACGUCCUUGAGGACAGGCAGGAGGAGUUUGGUUGCCUUGCUGCUGCUUUGCCCCAUCUCGUGUCCAUGCUUGUUGCCCCUGAGGGAGACCCGGAUGCACCAGACAUCCCGACCCCACGCUCUUACGCAGAGGCGAUGGCCGGUCCUUACUCCUCUCAGUGGCAGACAGCCAUGGACGCAGAGAUGGCUUCCUGGAAGUCCACAGGCACCUACGUUGACGAGGUUCCCCCACCUGGGGCGAACAUCGUCAGUGGCAUGUGGAUUUUCAGGGUGAAGCGGCCACUGGGCUCUCCGCCUGUCUUCAAGGCGCGUUACGUUGCGCGAGGCUUCAGUCAGCGGCAGGGAGUUGACUUCUUCCAGACCUUCUCCCCGACCCCGAAGAUGACCACUCUUCGGGUUCUGCUGCACGUCGCUGCUCAGCGUGACUACGAGCUCCACUCGCUUGACUUCAGCACAGCUUUCUUGCAGGGCAGCCUGCACGAGAUCUGGCUGCGCCGCCCACCUGGCUUCACUGGGUCGUUUCCUCCUGGUACCCAGUGGAGCCUCUGGCGGCCAGUCUACGGUCUCCGCCAGGCGCCACGUGAGUGGCACGACACACUGAGGACUACUCUUGCGGCUCUUGGGUUCGCUCCUUCUACUGCUGACCCGUCGCUGCUUCUACGCACCGACACCUCACUGCCGCCGUUCUACAUCCUCGUGUACGUCGACGACUUGGUCUUUGCCACUUCUGACACAGCUGGUCCCGCUCACGUGAAGUCCGAGCUGCAGAAGAGACACACGUGCACAGACCUGGGUGAACUGACAAGCUAUCUUGGCUUGCGGAUCACCCGGGACAGAGCACGGCGCACCAUUACCCUGACUCAGUCACACAUGGUGCAGCAGGUCCUUCAGCGCUUCGGCUUCACGUACUCCUCGCCUCAGUCCACUCCUCUGCCUACGGGACACUCGCUCUCAGCUCUGCCUUCGGAUGAGUCCGUAGAGCCGAGUGGUCCGUAUCCAGAGCUUGUGGGCUGCCUCAUGUACCUGAUGACCUGCACGCGACCUGACCUUGCAUACCCUCUCAGCAUUUUAGCACGCUAUGUCGCUCCCAGCCGUCACCGAAAGGAGCACAUGGAUGCAGCUAAGACGGUGUUGCGCUACUUGUGCAGUACGUCGGGCAUGGGGCUAGUGCUUGGAGGGCGAGUCCCAGUUGUUCUCACUGGGCACUCAGACGCUUCUUGGGCAGACGACCAGGCUACUCAGCGGUCGUCUCAGGGUUACACCUUCAGCCUUGGCUCUGGCUCUGUCUCUUGGCGUUCUACUCGCUCUUCUUCUGUUCUCAGCUCCAGCUGUGAGGCUGAGAUCUACGCCACGGCCAUGGCUGCCCAGGAGCUUCGCUGGCUCACCUACCUGCUGACGGACCUUGGAGAGCAGCCUCGUUCUCCUCCAGUGCUGUACGUCGACAACAAGGCAACCAUUGCCUUGUGUGACGAGCACAGACUGGAGCACAGGACGAAGCACAUUGCUCUGCGUUACUUUCUAGCUCGAGAGCUACAGCAGCGUGGUCAGCUUCGUCGGCGUUACGUGGCCACUGAGGCCAACACUGCUGAUGUGUUCACCAAGGCGCUUCCGCCUGUUGACCAUCAGCGUUUUUGCACUCUUCUAGGCCUUGUGCCGACUGGACCUCACUUGCUUACUUCUUGA